UUCUUGAAUUAUGGGCAAUUGGUUUUAAUGUGUGAUUGAGAUGGCAAAAUAAGUUUUUAGGGUAACAUAAGCAAAACCCUUAGCAUGUAAUUUAAGGUAACAAAUUUGUACUAUAAAUAAAGGAUUAGAUCUCUAAAUUUUUUUUUUUUUAUGCGGACAAGUUGAACCCAAAUGAAAGAUGCUGCACUACAUUUGUCCUUAUUACCUAAGAUGGGGAAUGUCGAAGAUUUUAUGUACUCUUUUCUAUUGAAUAAGAGUUGGGAUGCAACCACUUUUCUCUACAAUAAAUUCUGGAUCCUUUGCAACCGACAAAUUUUCUGCUAAAAGAGGUUUCGCAAAACAUAUAGGAUAGACCAAGUAAAGCCUACAAAAACCGCUGAAAAAAGCAGCCAUAUGAACCUAACUAUUCGGUCGCCAUUACUGGAGUGGCUGCUCGAGUCCUUCCUUUCCCUGUAAACAAACACUAAGGCAGCACCUUUUAAUCAAAAUGGAAAUUUUAGACCACCAACUACUUCCCUCAGAGCAGCUACCCACGUGAAAAAACUAACCAGCAUUUUACAGCACCAUUCAAUUCCUAGGGUUUUGUUUUGUUGGAUCCAUAAUUUAAAAUCAUGCAAUGUUCCUUUUAUAUAAAUAUAAAUACCCAGAUCUUUGGGUCAUUGCUCUAUUGUAGUUUAGCAAAAGCUUCCCUUUGCUUGAGAUGACAAGAUUCUAUUUCUACCUAGUUUCCCUAGUCAUAUUCUUACAUGCUGCACCAACAUUCUCCAGACAUCCACCACAACAAAUAUCAGAAGCUGCAGGAAGGGAUUCAACAAGAAGGCAGUUGGAUAUGAAAGAAUGCAGAACUGGUAACCCUAUAGAUGAUUGCUGGAGGUGUGACCCUGAAUGGGACACCAACCGGAAAAGGCUGGCUGAUUGUGCAGUUGGGUUCGGGAAAAAUGCCAUUGGGGGUCGAGAUGGUGAAGUUUAUGUAGUCACAGAUUCUGAUAAUGAUGAUCCAUUACAGCCAACUCCGGGAACACUACGUCAUGCAGCCACUCAAGAAGAACCUCUAUGGAUCAUCUUUGAUCAUGACAUGGUCAUAAGCCUAAGAGAACAACUCCUGAUCAACUCAGACAAGACCAUCGAUGGAAGAGGAUAUGAUAUCCAAAUAGCACAUGGACCAUGCAUAACCUUACGUAAUGUGAGUAAUAUAAUCAUACAUAACAUCUACAUACAUGACUGCAUACCUUCAGGAUCCACAGUGUGGGACCCUUUACCCCAAUUUGCAAUAAGUGGUGGAUCUGAUGGGGAUGGGAUCUCAAUAUUUGCCUCAAGGGAUGUGUGGAUUGAUCACUGCACACUUGCAAAUUGUUAUGACGGGCUUAUUGAUGCCACAUAUGGUUCAACAUCGAUAACAAUCUCUAACAACUAUAUGCUACAUCACAACGAAGUAAUGCUUAUGGGUCAUAGUGAUGAGUUCCUUGAUGACAAGAACAUGCAAGUAACAAUUGCCUUCAAUUACUUUGGUGAAGGCCUGGUUCAGAGAAUGCCCAGAUGCAGGCAUGGGUAUUUUCACAUUGUUAAUAAUGUAUACAAUGGUUGGAAGAUGUAUGCAAUUGGCGGAAGUGCAAACCCUACAAUCAAUAGCCAAGGGAAUGCCUUCAUAGCAUCAGAUAACAAUGCUUCAAAGGAGGUGACAAAGCGUGAAAGCUCAUUAGAUACUGAGUGGAAGAACUGGAAUUGGAGAUCAGAAGGAGAUACGAUGCUCAAUGGUGCUUUUUUCACACCUUCUGGAGAAGAAGCUCCAGAAAGUUACAUAAAAGCAUCAAGCAUGGUGGCAAAACCAACGUCACUUCUAACAAAGACGGCUAAGUAUGCUGGAACUCUAAGUUGCCAAAUAGGCCACGGAUGUUAAUAUCUAGCCAACCAAAUUUCUACUAUUUAAUGCAUUUUAUUUUCUCAAAUUUAGAUGAACCUUUUGUUAUUUUUUGGAUUUAUUUUCCAACAUCAUAAAAAAUUUCAAAGCUGGACUGAAUGAGGAUGUAAGGAUGUAUAACUAGAUAUAUGACAAGGCUACAAAGCCUUUGCAAUUCCCCCGCUGUCCUCCAGUCAGGAAAAAAAAAUAAGGUAGGGGCAGGGAGAUCUUAAUUAGCUUAGUAAAAUGGUUAGACAUUUGCAAUAGUAUAUUACAAAUCUGUGCUCAUCAUUCUGACAAAGUACAAAGUUAUUCCAAUUUUCAACCCUAAAUAUACUAUCAUUCAUUCUGAAAUAAGUAAAUGAUCUUACAACUUCUGCUCGGGGAUUGUAAUAGUUUGAAUGGGUUUUCCAUAGUCCAGUCUGCAAGAAUUUAAGAGAGAGAGAGAGAGAGAGAGAGAGAGAAAAUAUGAGUUAUGUUAGUAAAGAAAAUACUGGAAAAAAAAUUAAAAGGAAACAGAAAAGGAAAGGGCUGAAUAAUCGUUAGGAAAACUAUAGACAACUAAACUAGAUAAAGCUAUAAAAUAAUUGUGAAACCUGAGAGUUAAAAGCCAUCACAAGUGCCAUACUAGUCAUUGCCACGAAACAAUUAAAUUACAAAAGCUUAUUAUUAAACUAAAGGUAGACAAGAGUGUGUUAAGAUAGAAUGAUAUUUACCUCAUCAAGUUGUUCGGUUGUAUUUCUUCCAAUCAAGUUAAUUACCCUUUUCUUUGAAACAGACUUUAUCAGCAUUGAAACUCAAAAGGUCAAAGAAAUUAGGCUUUGUCACAAGAGAAGUACAUGAAUGAGACAAGUUGUAUCUGAUAUUCACACUCUUUAGCUGUUAAAUGGCAUAUCAUAUAGUCUUAAAGAACCUCAUUUAACUUCCUUGUAACAGGCAACAAGAUGUGUCCUCUAUA